ACUUUGAAUCCUCUGGUUUCUACUUGUUCAACGCCGAUUCAAACCUACCCGUCUCCCACAUCAAGUCUAACUCAGGUUCAAUGGCUCCGGAUAGAGAUGCUCCACCUGAAAACUCACAAGAAAACUCACAAGAAAGAGAUGCUCAAGAAAGAGAUGCCACGGAUACAAAUGCUCCACCUGAUACUGAAGCAAAAGAAGUUGCACGAGGCAUCACCAUUAUGAAGGGAAUCAUUCGACAUAGAGACCAAGGAUUAGUAUACCAUUUGGAUUGGAAUUCUGAUAAACAAGCAAUUGGUCCUAAUUCUGCAAAGUUGACAAGCUAUAUUGGUACACUUGUUCGUAUGCAUAUUCCGGUCUCCAUAGCUAAAUGGAAUCUGAAAAGCGAAGAGUUGGAUGCGGAAAAAAAAAGCGAUUUGGGACGAGCUUCAGAGGACUUUUGAGAUACCAGAUGAUCGUAGACGCUACAUACUUAGUUUGGCCGGCAAAAGAUAUAGAGGGUGGAAAGCUUUUUUGACAAACACCUAUCUUAAGGAUAAAGAUGGAAACUUUCUUGAAGAGGCACCGGGACGGCCAAAAAAGUAUGAGAUCUUCAUUGAUGAAAAAGA